AUUAAGAGGGAAUUAGGGCAGAAAAGAAGAAGAAUGAUGACGAUGAUUCAUUGAAAGACAGAAUAAAGCAGAAAGCUAAAAAAUGGGGGAGAAAAAAAGGAGACUUUAUUGUGAACACUGUUCACCAAAGUGAGAAAAAUCAUACAUAUAGUAUGCCAUGCCCCGUUCAUUCACACAUACAUACAUACAUACAUACAUACCCAAUGCUUAUCUUUGCAUGCUCUUCAUCGGUGAAAGUUAAUUACCUUUUUACUACUACCACUCUUCUUGGAUCCGCAAAUUAAAAAAAAAAAAAACCCUAUGAUUUUUUAGCUUCUUAAUCUUCAGUAUUUAUACUAAGACUAGAAAUUACUUUUUGUUUAUUUUUUAUUUUUGUUUUUGAAAUGGGUGCACGGUGCUCCAAGUUUGCCUUGUGCGGGUGGCGUUCUCACCACAAACCCUCUGCUCUUCAAUACUCUGAUCUGGAGAAUGCGGACAAUGAAAAAUUGCCGGGAUUCAGAGAUUUCAGCUGGGACGAGUUAAAAACAGCAACAAAUGGGUUUUCUUCAGAAAACAUUGUUUCAGAGCACGGUGAGAAAGCUCCUAACGUUGUCUACAAAGGCUUGCUUGAUAACGACCGCUGGAUUGCUGUUAAGCGUUUUAAUAAAUCCGCUUGGCCUGAUUCUCGCCAAUUCCUCGAUGAGGCUAAGGCAGUGGGGAACCUGAGAAGCGAACGAUUAGCGAAUCUGAUUGGAUGUUGCUCCGAUAGGGAGGAGAGAUUGCUCGUCGCGGAGUUUAUGCCCAACGAGACUUUAGCAAGGCAUUUGUUUCAUUGGGAGAACCAGCCGAUGAAAUGGGCGAUGAGAUUGAGGGUGGCAAUGUAUUUGGCAGAAGCUUUGGAGUACUGCAGCAGUAAAGGGCGUGCGUUGUAUCACGAUCUUAACGCUUACAGAGUCUUGUUUGAUCUGGAUGGUAAUCCGAGGCUGUCUUGCUUCGGACUGAUGAAGAAUAGUAGAGAUGGCAAAAGUUACAGCACAAACUUAGCUUUCACUCCUCCUGAAUACUUGAGAACUGGAAGAGUGACGUCAGAAAGUGUCGUUUACAGCUUCGGAACGAUGCUGCUAGAUCUUCUAAGUGGCAAGCAUAUACCUCCAAGCCAUGCACUUGAUCUAAUUCGAGGCAAGAACUUUCUGAUGCUGAUGGAUUCUGGUUUGGAGGGUCAUUUUUCGAAUGACGAUGGAACUGAGUUGGUUAGGUUAGCUACCCGUUGUUUGCAAUAUGAAGCAAGAGAAAGGCCAAAUGCUAAGUCUCUCGUCACUUCCCUCGCUCCUCUUCAAAAAGAAUCUCAGAUUCCUUCCCAUGUUUUACUCGGCAUACCGCAAGGAAAUGCAAACUGUAGUCAGCAAUUACAGUUGACCCCCAUGGGCGAAGCGUGCUUGAGAAUGGACCUCACUGCCAUACAUGAAAUAUUGGAGAAAACUGGAUACAAAGACGACGAAGGAAUUGCCAAUGAGCUAUCUUUUCAAUUGUGGACAAAUCAAAUGCAGGAGACCUUGAAUUCCAAGAAGCACGGUGAUACUGCUUUUCGAGCCAAAGAUUUCACAACUGCCAUCGAUUGCUAUACAGAGUUUAUUGAUGGUGGAACGAUGGUGUCACCUACGGCAUAUGCACGUCGUUGCUUGUGUUAUUUGAUGAGUGAGAUGCCAAACGAAGGUCUCGGAGAUGCGAUGCAAGCUCUGGUUGUAUCGCCAGAGUGGCCAACUGCUUAUUACCUUCAAGCAGCUUCACUCUUUGCACUUGGAAUGGAAACUGAUGCUCAAGAAUCACUCAGAGAAGCCACAAACUGGGAUGCCAAACGAAACAGAAACUGAUUUCCGUAUAUAUAUUUCCUACUCUUUUCUUCCGUUUGAUAUUAUUCUUAACUUUGUGUAUUUAAUUAGCCCUUUCUAUUAUUAUAUAUUAUUCCCUCUGGCCAAAACCAGAACAUCAUUUGAAAUUGAAUUAUAAUAUCACUUUUCUGAACUAUGUAAGCUUCAGCUCUCGUCGUUUUGAGAGGGUUUCAAUUUCAA